AUGGCCCCCAGAUCGGAGCACGCCGGCGGGAGCGCCUCGGCGACAGCGGCGGCGGCGGCGGCCGCCGCCCAGAGCCACGGAUCCGGGUUCGACUCCAUGGACCCCUUCUUCCACGCGCUCCGCGUGGUCCCCUUCGCCUUCCUCCAGCCGCCGCGCACCCGCCUGAAGCUGCCGUCCAACCUGGCGCUCCCGUCCCCGAUGGUCGUCUUCUCGCUCAUCCUGCUCACCUACUUUGCCGUCGUCUCCGGCCUCGUCUACGACGUCAUCGUCGAGCCCCCCGGCAUCGGCAGCUCCCAGGACCCGGCCACCGGCGCCGUCCGCCCCGUCGUCUUCCUCCCCGGCCGCGUCAACGGCCAGUACAUCAUCGAGGGCCUCUCCUCCGGCUUCAUGUUCCUCCUCGGGGGCGUCGGGGUCAUCCUCCUCGACCUGGCCGUCGACCGCACCAGGCCCCGCAGCCUGCGCGUCUCCUUCGGCGGCGCCGGCGUCGCCGCCAUCGUCAUCGCCUACGCCAUGGCCAUGCUCUUCCUCCGCAUCAAGAUACCCGGGUACCUAUGGUGA